GGAAUUCGAAGGGCGGCAACGAUCCAAAAUUUGCAAGUUCAAAAUUUCGACGCCGGGGCUAUAAAUAGAUGGCCAUCAGCACGGCAAUCUCAUCCCUCGCCAAUCUCUUCUCUCUUCUCGCUGCUAUCUGGCCCAUCUCGCCUGGAGUCAUGGCUGGUCGUCGGGGAGGCUGGAUCAACUGGGAUGCCCUCCGCCUUGAGGAGGCGGUGGAGGAUGCAGCUGGUUUGAACUACGACUACGAGUUUGUGGUACUUGAUCAAGAGGAAGAAGAGGAGGAAGUUAUGGAGUCUUCUGAUCGGCGCCGUGGCGGCAGGCUUGGCCUGGCCGGAGUUGUGCGUUCUGGGCGCAGCCAUGUCCAGGUUGGACAAGACGGUUCUCACCAUGUCGCACGAGAGGGAGGUCAGGUCAAUGGCCAAGCUAGGCUUAUCAAUUCCCGCCAUGGAGUUGCGAACCGAGUGCGGUCGAUUGUCAACCGCACCAUGGCCGGUGUUCCUGGACUACGCAGCCAUGGACGAUCUCGCCUCGGACUUACUGGCCGCAGGCGUGUCCGUGCACCUUUCACACAAUGGCCUCCUCAACACGUUCCUAAUGAAGGUGGCUCAUCAAGCAACACCGAAGAGCAUGUAGAUGAUGAACCAGAGGACGCCUCAAAUGAGGAACCGAUGGAGAAUGGUUCCAAUGGUACGUUAAGGAGGAAAAGAAAUUGGUACAAGCUCCAUCAGAAGCAAGCUGCGUACGUAAUGCUUCUAGAGAGGACCUCUGCUGGGGUGUUAAGUCGAGGGGUGUCUGAGGAGGUGUCUGCACUAACAAAGAUCCCUGUACGUACAUUGGUGAAUUGGUGGACAAAGUGCAAAACACUUGGACUGGAAGGACUUGAAAGCAAACGUGGAAAUUCGGGACGGCAGAGAUUACCGUUUGAUGCGGAGGCUAUCAAACGGGUGGAUUUGAGUAAAAGGACUACCCUUCGAGAUUUAGCAAUUGAACUGAACAUGUCAAAGACUACAUUAUGGCGACGUCUGAACGAGGGUUUGUUUAGGCGUCACACAAAUGCCAUCAAGUCCACGUUGACGGAUGAUAACAAGGUAGCUCGUGUAAGAUUUUGUUUAUCCAUGUUUGAACACAUUAUAGACUUUGAGGACUCAAAUUUUAAACAAAUGUAUAAUGUGAUACACAUCGAUGAGAAAUGGUUUUACCGCACACGCGGUAGCCAGAAUUAUUACUUGGCUCUUGGCGAAGAGGAUCCAUACCGUAGCACGCAAAGCAAAAACUUCAUUGAGAAGGUCAUGUUCUUGGCAGCCGUCGCUCGUCCACGAUUUGAUGCUAAUGGCAAUGUGAUUUUCGAUGGAAAACUUGGAAUAUGGCCGUUCACGUACCAAGAAGCGGCAAAGAGAAACAGCAAGAACAGAGAAGCUGGAACAAUGGUCACUAAGGUACUCCCAGCGGUUACCCAAAGUGUAAGCAGGGAUUACAUGAUUAAUUUUCUGCUACCGGCAAUAAAGCAGAGAUGGCCUGCAUCCGAGCGUGGAACGACAAUCUGGAUUCAACAAGAUAAUGCAAAAACGCAUAUCCCUGUGGAUGACCCAGAAUUUGUCGCUGCGGCUCAAGCUGAUGGUUGGGACAUCCGCCUCACAUGCCAGCCUCCGAACUCCCCUGACCUAAAUAUCCUUGACCUUGGGUUUUUUGCAGCGCUUCAAUCAAUUUUUCACAAGUUAUCUCCAGGAUCUAUUGAAGACAUUGUCAACAAGGUGCAGCAGGCCUUCGAAGAGUACCCAGCAGAACGAAGCAAUAGAAUCUUCCUGACGUUGCAAGCUUGCAUGCGCGAAGUACUUAUUCAGCUGGGAGGCAACCGAUAUAAAGUCCCCCACAUGAGGAAGGAGGUUUUACAAAGGCUCGGAACUCUCCCAGUGACAUUACAAUGUACUGCAAAUUUUGUGAAGUGGGCGAUUGACUCCUUGCCAGAUGCUUAGUCAUAGUUUAUGAGCUUAGGCCUAUGGUGUUAUUUCUUGUUUGCAACUCUUCAAUAUCCAUGCAAGGUUUUUAGCUGUAAUCGUUUGUUUGCCUUUUCAACGCUGAAAUUGUAUGCCUACUGUAAGGUUUAUAAUGUUGGUGUCGAUUGUUACUUCACUUUUUGUAGCAAUG